AUGAGUAAGUCAGGCCUAACUCUACACCGUAUGUCACGACACGGGUAUCAACCCACUCGCGCGCACACCAGUCAACGCGACGAAUGCGAAGAAACAGCUCUGCACCUCCUGAGUUGCCCCACUCUUCAUCCACUGCGAGUUCAAUUUGCGAUAGUUGAUGAUAUACCCCUGAUGAAACUAUGUUUUUCUAAGCGGUUAGCAAAAUUCCUAAUUACGGUGGAGAGGAACUACGCUAUGCCACAGUUUUCACAACCAAGAAACCCUAAGCAGCCUACCUCCCCCACCCACCCCUGUAAGGCCUCCCCACCUCUCUAA